CCUACAAACUUGGUCAUUUCAAUUGCAAAAAUAGAAAAAUUGAGGCAACUAUUGUUCACAAAUGAAGAUGCAUCUGGACAAGAGUUGGAGGACCAAAGGAUACAAGAAGCUUGGAAAAGGAGUCUUGCAACAGUGCAUCCUGACAGCAGCAAACUGAUCCCUGCUUUUUUUCGACCUGCAGCUUUCCUGCCCUUCACGGUGCCCAUGGUAUUUUUGUCACUGAUGCCAGCAAAAGGGCUAAUGUCCAUGAUUUUACCUCAGGUUUCCCUCUAUACUUACACAACAGUGUUCAACAUUAUCAACGGAAAUGCAAGCUAUAACCGUCGUCCACAUGAGACUAUACUACUAGGGGCAGGAGCCGCUGCUUCUUCAACCUUCUUUGGAUUAAUCCCUCUUUUUGUCCAAAUGAAGUAUUCCCUAGAUAACCUUUGGAUCAAAAGAGCCUUACCUGUGGUCGUUCUUGCCCAAGUUAGUGGAAUGAAUGUUUUUGCAUCCCGAAGUUUUGAGCCUGUCCGCGGGAUCAAGGUCAUGGACAAGGAAGGCAAUGUUGUAGGCCAUUCCAGAAGAGCUGCACAAAAGGCUGUCAACGAUACAGCAAUAUCCAGGGCAGUGCUGUUCGGGACCUCAGCCUUUAUUCCUGAAGUCUUCACCUACUUUUUUAAAAGGUAAGAGGUACAUGAAUCUCCCCAGG